AUGGCAUCACUCACUCAUUGUACCUCCCGAUCGGUCAUUCACAGUCUCUUCAAGAAAUACGAUCAAGAUAAUUCCAAUUCUAUCAAUAUUUCUGAAAUGAAGAAUUUAUUUGUUGCGGAUAUGGGAAUUAACUUCUCCGAUGAUAAUUUGAUGGCCAUUCAAAUGUAUAUGGACAAGGAUUCCGAUGGUAAAAUUUCCUUUGAUGAAUUUUUUAAUUAUUGGACAACUAUUGUGAAGAAUGAUGAAGAUAUUGUAACAAAACCAGAGAGCAGUGAAAGAUUAUACCGAUUGACCUAUGCUGCACUCUUAUUCAAGAAUACAGACACAAGUGGAAAUAGACAAAUAUCGAGAGAGGAAUUUGUUUCCUUCUAUCAACAAUUGUACAAUAAUUAUUCUGCAAAUAUGGCUGAUAUUGAUUAUGCUUUGAAUUAUAUUGAUACUGACAAGUCGGGUUCUUUGAGUUUCCAAGAAUUGAUUAAUUGGUUGAGAUGGUUGUAA